AUAUGAGUAAAAUUCAGCCUUCACCUGUGAGCUUUGAUGCUUUGAUUUGAGAUAAAUCGGCCGAGUCAAAGUUCGUAUCCGCCGCGGCAGCAAUCAUCUCCGCCUCCGUGCCGCCGCCGCGCCCAUGGCUUCACCGAAAUCAGGGAUGUCAUUUAUAGUGCCUUUAUUGAAUAACGUGGAGCCCCGCGUUUCAUCACUAAUAUAUUGCUUCUCUACAAUCACUUCAGAGAUCUUCAGCUUCACGGCAUCCAGACAGUUAUUGCAAUUUUUCUCUGCCAUAUUCCUUUUCCAUGGUUCUGAAUAUCUCCUAGCAGUCUUCUUUCACGGGAAAAACAGUGUAACUCUAGGGUCUCUUUUAAUCAGCAAAAACUAUGUUGUGGCCAUGGUUGGCUCCCUGGUGGAGUACUUAGUUGAAGUUUAUUUCUUCCCCGGGAUGAAAGAACACCGGUUUAUAAGCAACACAGGUCUUGCCUUGGUAGUUGUUGGUGAACUAAUGCGCAAGUUGGCUAUUAUAACUGCUGGAAGGUCCUUCACUCAUUUUAUACGGAGAUCUCGUGAGCAAGAUCAUGUAUUGAUCACUCAUGGAGUCUAUAAGUACAUCCGGCAUCCAAGUUAUUGUGGCUUCCUUAUAUGGUCCGUUGGUACCCAGGUAAUGCUGUGUAAUCCAGUAUGUACACUUGGAUUUGCAGCAGUCGUGUGGCGUUUUUUCCAGCUGAGGAUACGAUAUGAGGAGUAUUUCUUGACACAGAUUUUUGGUUCUCGUUACGUGGAAUAUGCUAGACGGACGACUUCUGGGAUCCCAUUUGUAAAGUGAUGAAUGAACUUACCCUCUAAUUGAUCGCUUGCCUGUAGUUGUGUUCUAACUUAUAAGGCGUUUGAAUACUUUUGAGUUGCAUUCAAUAUGAUCUGAUUAUUAGUAAAUCAGUAAUUGCUGUGUAAUGCCAUUGCAUCUUUGACUGUUAGCUCUUUUUUGGUCACUUGUUUGAUAA